GGAUGCUGUGCCGUGAGUGCGGGCGAGCCUGAAAUACACUUGCACGUUUCAACUUCUCGUUUUCCCUUGGUCAAAUUCGGUGCAUCCACAGACAGCCGAUACUCCGGCUAUUGUUCCGUACGUCAACGAACUGCAACAACUUCUGUUCAAAUUAAUUAUAGAUUUUUCACAUAAAGUCGGUAGUAAAUCGUGCUCGUUUCACGGUGUACAUUUAAAUAGUGUGCGGAAUCGCUCCACUGCGAGCAUUCAUUCACAUCGUUUUUAUUCAUCGCCUUUUGUGAAUCGAGUGUAUAAUAAUCGCGGACUUCGUGCAAAAUUCACGAGCGGUAUUCAACAAGUGGCCGCUUGGUGUGUGCAUCGUCCCCACUACUAAUCUAUCGUCUACACACAGCAGUCUCGCUCGCGAUAUAGUAAAGAGAAGCAUUGCUGCGAUAAAAGUGCUACAUAAUAGUGCAUAUACAUAUUUGUAUACGAUUAAAUAAGCCGUGUAAUUCGAUGUGAUUCGAAGUCCACCGAUCGUGUUCCACCAACUGUUCGUGAAAAGGCGUAUAAGAAAUGGCAAUGGACCGGACGAUGUAUGGAAAAAUAGAAUCGACCGCUCUCUAUCGACCCUACAAAAUUACCAUAAAAAACGGUUCACCACCUGGAUAUGCGCUGCUGGCAGAUCUACAGAACACGGUGUCGUCCGAAGGUAAUCACGUUGGUAGCAACGCGACUCCUGGUUAUGGAUCAUUGAACGGUGCCCGGACCACUUAUAGAUCUUACGAUAAUCGAACGUCUCCGCUUCCAUCGCAGUCGCCGACUUAUCAAAAUCGCGAGGCCAUCGAAGAGAGCAUUGGAAAAACGAGCGUCGGAGGGAAGAUGCCGUCUUUGAACAACAAUCUGUCGGAGUUAGACACGUUGCUCGAGGAUCUGAGCAACGCUCAUUACAAUACGCAUUUCCAGGAAAGAGAGAAUCGCAUUUCCUCGGGCGGGUUGAACGGAGACUCCAGUCCCAUGCUUCGUUCGCCGAGUAGCAUGUCAGCCUCAAGGCCCACCGUAGACUCGUUGCUCGAGGAGUUGAAUACCGCGGUACCGAACGGGGAUUAUCCUCCCGACGGCAGAGUGAAAGUUACCAUUCAGGAAACGUCCACGGAGAUCCAGCCCGUGUACGAGGGUUACCCUUCUAGGCACGGGUCCUUGAAUCGGAGCGAGGUCCAGAGGAGCUACACCAACGGGCACACCGCGAGCAACGCUACCAAGGAGCUCGACGAUUUAAUGGCGUCCCUAUCAGAAUUCAAGAUUAACAGCAGCUCUCAUCAACAUCAAACGGUGACCGAUUCCCCGUACGCGAAGCCGAACAAAGCGACCAAGAGUUCUCAGAGCCCGCUGCCACCCGAGAGCCCCCAGACUCGAAUUCACAUCACCGAGACGCACACCACUCACCACUAUCAGCAGCAACACGGAGAGCCUUACCCGCCGCAGCCAGCAGCGACCAAACAGAAUCAGUUGGAUUCUAUGCUAGGAAAUCUACAAGCGGACAUGAGUCGCCAAGGAGUGAACACUACUCAGAAGGGGUGCUGCAGCGCUUGCGAGAAGCCCAUCGUCGGACAAGUGAUCACCGCUCUAGGAAAGACGUGGCAUCCGGAACACUUCACAUGCACCCAUUGCAACCAGGAGCUGGGUACUCGGAAUUUCUUCGAGAGGGAGGGACACCCUUACUGCGAGCCGGAUUACCACAAUCUUUUCUCGCCGCGUUGCGCCUACUGCAACGGCCCGAUUCUAGACAAAUGCGUAACCGCCCUGGAAAAAACUUGGCACACGGAGCACUUCUUUUGCGCCCAGUGUGGCAAACAGUUCGGCGAGGAGGGGUUCCACGAACGGGACGGGAAGCCGUACUGUCGGGAGGACUACUUCGACAUGUUCGCGCCUAAAUGUGGCGGAUGCAAUCGCGCCAUCAUGGAGAAUUACAUAUCCGCCCUGAACAGUCAAUGGCAUCCGGAUUGUUUCGUCUGCAGGGAUUGCAAGAAGCCGGUUUCCGGGAAAUCGUUUUACGCGAUGGAGGGCAAACCCGUUUGCCCGAAGUGCGUCGGCGUCGACGACGAAGAGGAGGAAGAGGAGGAAGAUUGUAGACAAAAGUUCCAAGGCGGCUCGUUCUUCGAUCACGAAGGUCUACCGUACUGCGAAACCCAUUAUCACGCGAAGAGGGGAUCCCUGUGUGCGGGCUGUCAUAAACCAAUUACAGGUCGUUGUAUAACAGCCAUGUUCCGGAAGUUCCAUCCGGAACAUUUCGUAUGCGCGUUCUGCUUGAAGCAGCUGAACAAAGGCACUUUCAAGGAACAGAACGACAAACCGUAUUGCCACGGCUGUUUCGAUAAGUUGUUCGGUUAAAUCCGUUCUCGUUUCUACCAUGAAAGUAUUUGUAACAUAAAGACGAAACAGGCUGUUUCGCAUGGUACUACUUACAGUUUUAUAGGCCGCUCACAUACAUACAUUUGUACCGCAUAGAGAAUACGUAAUCGCUUUAAUCGUUACACCACACGAGUUUCACGAUUCAAGCUUUUAUAUCGUGGUUCGAAACAGCCUCGGUUUUUUUAUGGACCUCGACGUAGGUAUGGUGCGACAACCGAAAUUACAAUGUCACGUAUCGUUUAUCUCCGCUCUUAUCGUAAGGAUAAGGUAUUAGGGUAAUCAUAGUUGUUACUGUUCUUCCAUUGUCCUUAAUAAGGGCCCGUUGCUAAUAUUCUCAUGGAUAUUUUAUAUUCACGUACUUCACAUUGAUCGUACGACUUAAGGAUUAAUAAAGGGUGCUAAUUAGUAGCUUAUUUUUUACUAAUAACGUAUUCGAGCAAACAAGCUGCCAAUCGAAACAUAUUUAUACGAAAUCAGGACGUAAUUACCAAAUAUCCACGGUCCUUUCUGUUAGAUUUGAUACAUGUUUAUGGAAUAUUUAUAUCCGCGAAAUACACGGUGAAAGUCGGUCUGUUUAUUCUCUACGUUUUUACGCGACUGAGAUCAGUGAAGUCUCUGUUAUAUAUGUCCUUAAGAAACAUAUUAAUCAAAAAUAAAAUACUUAAUAGAUGCAUAACGUAUAGGAACUGUGAAAAAUUUGUUCAUAAAGUUAUUUUUCAGGCAGGGAUAGAAUAAAGAAACAGCAUACCACUUUUUUAGAUUUAUUUGGCAUACUGUUGCACACCAGUGUUCUAUUUGUCAUUUUACCAAUAAACAUUUAAUAAAUAUUA